UUCACGCGAUCGCAGGCAGACGCCAUUCCGAGUCGGACAGUGCGAUCUGGUAGCUCGUUGUUGCGUCGAUGGCGGAUUUGGAGCCCACACCCCAGGAGCCUGUAAUCAGCAACCCUGAACAGGACGAAAAGCAAGAUGAGAAUAACCCGAGUGGCGGUGAUGAAGAUCAGAACCAGAGUGAAACAAAUGAAACUUCAGUUCAGAAUGAAAAAAGUGAUAAGCUGAAGGAAAAAAGCAGCAAGCGUGGUGGAAACCGCUUUGAGCCAUAUUCAACCAACAGAAAUGCAAGAUUCCGGGUUUUUGUGAGCAAUAUCCCAUUUGAAAUGAAAUGGCAAACACUUAAAGAUAUAAUGAGAGAGAAAGUUGGUGAGGUUACUUACGUGGAACUCUUUAUGGAUGCGGAUGGAAAGUCGAGGGGAUGUGGUGUUGUGGAGUUCAAGAGUGAAGAAAAUAUGAAAAAGGCUGUGGAGGUGAUGGACAAGCAGAGUUUCAGUGGGAGACCUCUUAAAGUGAAAGAGGAUUUGGAUGGUGAGCAUGCAAGACGUAUGAUGCAGAAGUUUGGUGGUUUUGACAGAAUGGGAAUGGGUGGUGGUGGAGGUGGUGUUGGUGGUCCUGGAAUGAAUAUCCCACCUGCACUCUUGCAUAACUCUCAUGUCCCCAGAGAUGUUCUCAAUGCCCUGCAGGCUGGCAGGCUUGGAAGCACCAUCUUUAUUGUUAAUCUUGAUUUCAAAGUUGGAUGGAAAAAGUUGAAGGAAGUUUUUUCGAUGGCGGGCUCUGUAGUACGGGCAGAUAUUGUGGAAGACAAAGAUGGGAAGAGCCGUGGAAUGGGCACUGUAACGUUUGAACGCCCAAUUGAAUCUGUUCAAGCUAUAUCAAUGUUCAAUGGGCAGCUUCUGUAUGACAGGCCUAUGCAUAUCAAGAUGGAUGAAAAAUCCAUGCCAAAGAAUAAUUUCUAUGGUGCUGAACGCACUCCUCAACUUCCUAAGGGACUUGGUGGUGUUGGUAUGGGCCUGGGACCUGGUGGCCAACCGCUUGAUGCCAGAGAUCUGAAUUCCGGAAUGGGAAAUGCUGGACCUAGAGACAUGGGUCCAGGCAUGGGAGGUAUGGGAAUGGAUGGAAUGGGGUUUGGUGGCAUGAAUCGGAUGGGUGGAGGCGGCAUGGAUGGUCCGUAUGGUGGUGGCGGUGGUGGUGGUGGGAUGGACAGGAUGGAUAACAUGGGGCGGUUUGGCCCAGGAAUGAACAUGGGCAGAAUGGGAGGAUCGGGAGGAAUGGAUGAUUUUAGAGGACCCGUUGGUGGCGGAGGAAUGGGUGGUGGCAUGGGAGACAUGUACCAAGGCGGAAUGUAUGGUCCAGGCAGUGGAGGAGGAAUGGGUAGCAGUGGCUUUGACCGAGACUUUGGUAGAAAUGAUAUGGGAAUGUCCCGUGGCUAUGGGGAUUCCUUUGGUGGAGGAAUGGCUGGUGGGAUGAGUGGUGGCAUGGCUGCUGGUACACCAGGCAUGGGAUCAGGGAUGGGUAUUGGAAUGGGAGGAAUGAAUAAAAUGGGCGGAGGCAUUGGUAUGGAUAACAUGGAUCGCAUGGGACCUGGAAUGGAUCGUAUGGGUGGCGCUAUGGAUCGAACUGGCCUGGGAAUGGACCGAAUCCCAUCCAACAUGGGUUCUGGGAUGGCAUCUAAUGUUGACCGUAUGGGACCUGGAAUGGAUUGGAUGGGCCAGAGCGGUGAUAGAAUGGGUGGUGGUAUGGAUCGUAUGGGUUCUGGAAUGGCAGGUGGUUUUGACAAGCCAGCAGACAUGGAUCGUAAUCGUUUCAGUGGUAACUAUGGAGGAUCCAUGGGAACCGGUACUGGAAAUCUUAAUUCAAGAAGAAUCUGUCAAAUAUUUGUUCGAAAUCUCCCUUAUGACAUCACCUGGCAAAUGCUGAAAGAUAAAUUCAGUGAAUUUGGAUAUGUGCAUUAUGCAGAUAUCAAGAUGGAAAAUGGCAAGUCUAAGGGUUGUGGUGUGGUUCGUUUUGAAAGUCCAGAUUCUGCAGAGCGUGCCUGCAGGAUGAUGAAUGGAAUCCGACUUUAUGGCAGAGAAAUUGAUGUCCGACUUGACAGAAAUGUUUAAAACCCAUUUUUAGUAUAAUUUUUAAAACGACCAAACAGUAAAACUGUCCUUUUUAGUGUUUUUGUUCCAUUCAUUUAAAAAAAAAUUGAAUGGACAGUUUGACAAUGUGCACAUUGCAUUUUGUUUUUAUUUAGUGUGAAAAAAUACACUUCUGUAUUAGUGAUUCAAUAAUAAAUGUGAUUUGAGAAAA